ACCCGCCUGGCCUGGCUGGCCGACCCCGAAGCCCAGAGCAACUUUGACUUUGAUGGUAAAAGCAAUGAGUUCUUCUUCGACCGUCACCCCGGGAUCUUCUCCUACGUGCUCAACUACUACCGUACCGGCAAGCUGCACUGCCCCGCGGACAUCUGCGGACCCCUCUUCGAGGAGGAGCUGACCUACUGGGGCAUCGAUGAGACGGACGUGGAGCCUUGCUGCUGGAUGACCUACCGCCAGCAUCGUGAUGCCGAAGAGGCCCUGGACAUCUUUGAGAGUCCGGAGCCUGGUGGAGGGGCUGGUGGAGAGGAGCCUGAAGAGGAAGGGGGUAGGGAGAUGGCCCUUCAACGCCUGGGCAUGGAUGACAGGCCGCCGCGGGGGCUGCCGGAGGGGGUGGCUGCUGUCGGAACUGGCAGCCCAGGAUGUGGGCACUCUUUGAAGAUCCCUACUCAUCCAAGGCGGCAAGG